AUGCAGCAAGGUAGAAGAACCGCUAGCCUAAAGGCAUCUUACGAAGCCAUUAAUACCGGCGUGCAUGGUCAUGAAUUUGGUAUUGGUAGAGAAUUAGCUGGAGCUGCGCAGACUGCCAUCCAAGCUAUCCAACAGGAUCAUGCAAAUAACAAGAAAAAACAAAAAAAAUGGAAUAGUAGUAGUUCAUCCAGCACAUCUACUGUUACUGUUGUUCAGCCAGUAGUAUCUACUCCAGCCGUAAUACCACCGCCUGAAUCUCCAACCGUUGACACCAAUUCCCAGAAUGCUGAAGUAGCAGAUGGUGAAUGGACUUACGAUCCAAACGAACCUAGAUAUUGCCUUUGUAAUCAGGUAUUAUAA